AUGGCAGCAUCAGGCCCAGCAUGCGCCACUGUCCGAAACACCUUGUUGCAGAAGCUUUUGAAUGAUCAUGGAAUUCUCCAACUGCUUCUGAACGAGUACCUGCCUGCGGUGUACUACGAACUGACUAACGUCAACGCCUUUGAGGUUGCUCAGCAAAUCGCCUCUCUGAUGGGAUCGGACACUGACAAAAUCAUGGCAGCCCCGGACGACAGUUUUAUCACCAGCUUCAGGGCCCACCGCGCCCUCGAGGCAUUCACCCGCCAGCUCAAGAACCUUCAUCUCGCCCCGACGGCAGCAGAAGGACGUACCUACCCGCCCCCACAGUACACGGCGCCGUCGUCGCCGUCAGCUCCACGAAAACGGGUGCGGGCGUCUCCGCGCUUGACUCAAGCCAUUAAAAAGUGCCUCAACCGCCGUACAUCAGCUCUCGGUGAGAUGCUGAGGGAGAUGAACAAGUUUGAAACGACCGCGGCUAUUCUUACGGAAGGCCUCAGAAGUACACAAAAGAAGUGGGACCUUCCACCUGUCGAAUCCUUGACGACGAUAGCUCACCGUCUGGAGAAUAGCAUCAAGUUAAUGAAGCAUACACUGACCGAGCUCCGGACCAGGGUCGCAGCUGACCUGACACAACAGCCGAAUGGGGCGAUUCAAUUUGCCCUCAUGGAGCAGCUCAAAAAGGAUCAAAAGGAACUCCAAAGAGAUAUGUUUGAGUACUUCCUUGCAAUGGAGCAGGAGAUGACCCGCAUGGUUUCACUUGGGGAUGGUAUUCGGACAGACGUUGAGGGGAUUGCCGCGCGAUACCUCGCCCAUAUGACUCACGUGUGA